AUGCCAACUACGGUCAUCAUUGGCGGAAAUGGCAAGGUUGCCCGCCACCUAACGCGCAUCCUCGUGGCCGAGAUGCAGCCAAUCCACCAUGUUCACAGCAUGAUCCGGACAACUUCUCAGAUACCCGACAUCGAAGCCCUCGGCGCCACCCCAGUCGUUCAGUCGAUUGAAGCAGCCUCAGUAUCCGACAUUGCCCACACCCUGGGCAAGAUCAAGCCCGAUUCCGUCGUGUUCCUUGCCAGCGCGCCGUUUGCAGAACGCGACCGCGCGUCAUCUGUCGACCGAGACGGAGCCAUCAAGUGUAUGGACGCGUGCGCGGAAGCAGGCGUGAAGCGAUUUAUUGUCGUGUCUUCGAUGGACGUGCGAGACUGUGACAAGAGGCCGGUCCCGGAUUGGUACAACGAGGGUGACGUGAAAGCCAGUGCACGCCUUUGGGGUGCCAUAGAGCCAUGGAUGAGGGCAAAACUUGCCGCAGAUCGAGAGCUGAGAGUUGGGAACAUUGGGCGCAAGCUCGACUACACCAUUGUUCGGCCCGGCAGGCUCACCGACGGUGCUGGCGUGGGCUUAGUCAGCGUCGGCAAGGCUCACCUAGGGAAUUCGGUGAGUCGGGAGGACGUUGCGCGGGUUGUGGCUGCCUGCUUGACGAACCGUGACACUAUCGGCUUGGCGUUUGAUGUUACCGGCGGGGAUUCACCCGUCGCUCCAGCUGUUGCACGGGUGGGAGCGGAUCGGGUCGAUGCGUUUGAGGGAUACUACUAA